AUUGGAGUGUGACUAGACAAAAAUUAGUUGCUUUAGAAUUUAUUUGUAGUCCUUUUUGAGCACCCUUAGAGCUGUUAGCUCUGCUCCAUGAGAAUGUUUUCUUUUUUUAUUCUUCUUGCAGAUUUCCUUCCUCUGAAAUGCGAUGCAUGUGGGGAAGUCUUCUGUAAAGAUCACAUCCGUUACGAUGACCACAAGUGCAGCUCUGCCUACAAGAAGAAUGUGCAGGUCCCAGUGUGUCCACUCUGUAACACACCUAUCCCAGUGCAGAAGGGGGAAAUACCAGAUGUUGUGAUUGGAGCCCACAUGGAUAAGGACUGCAAAUACAAUCCAGCACAGCAAAAGAGGAUCUUCACAAACAAGUGCUUAAAGCCAGGCUGCAAAAGGAAAGAGAUGAUGAAGGUGCUUUGUGACCAGUGCGGCCUCAACUUCUGCAUAAAACAUCGGCAUCCCCUGGAUCACGACUGCAAAGGGAGCAGCCACCCCAUCUCCAAGGCAGGAUAUGCAGCUCUGAUGAGAGCCUCUCACACUGCCCUCAAAUCCCCGGGAGCAAUUGGAGUGCCAUCUAAUGGGAAUCUUCAGCACAACAGGUGCAGGUAGUAGAGGCUCUUCAUAUCUGGAUCAAACCUCUGUCUAAACUUAAUAUUUUCUCUAUCUUUUUAAAUUUUUAUGCCAUUAACUUAUUUUUGUAUCAGAAUGUUUUGUGUAUUCAAUAAACUUUCCAAGCCAAUGUUA